GUUUUUUACGGGCAUCGUUCUAAAAAUAAGUUGUAAUAAUUAUAAUUUUAUGUAGCGGUCGCAGCAGAGACGGUUUUCUGACGAUUUUCUAUUUAACUUCAAGUAGUGAGUGAUUUGUGGUUGAUAAAGUGUUUGUGGUGGUGCAGAUGCAGGGGCUGGUGAGCGACAAGACGUUCCACUUGAAAUGGAACAACCACCUGCAGAACUUGAGCCAGCUGUUCACAACCAUCUAUUCAUCGUCGGCGCUCGCGGACGUCACGCUCUCCUGCCGCGAUGGCACCCUCAAAGCACACAAGCUUGUCCUCUCGGCUUGCAGCCCUUAUUUCGAACAGAUUUUCAAGGACAACCCCUGUCAGCACCCUAUAGUGAUCCUUAAGGGAAUACCAUUCUCAGAAAUAAAUCUGCUUGUUGAAUUCAUGUAUAAAGGCUCAGUGGAUGUGCAAGAGUUAGACCUUCAAUCACUGAUGCACACAGCAUCAGAACUGGAAAUCAGAGGCCUAGCUUAUGAGGCUCGAGAUAAUGCAGCUCAGUUAUUAAAUGUAAAUUUGGAAUACCCCACAUACUCGCAGACUGUUGUGCCCACACAGCAGACAUUCACUCAAGCACGCACAGAUGUUGAAAGACUUAAACAGAUACACAUGUACCAGCAGUCUAUGAUGCGAGCAGAGGAGAUCCGACGACGGCGUCGAGAAGACACGCCUGGGACCCACACGGCUGUAAACAACAUCCUCGCAGCCGCCGCUAGGGAGAUGGAGGAGGCCAGGCAGGCGGCGCGUGGCAACGACCGCGUUGUGGCCAGCAUACAGACCGAGCAAGAAGGUAGGUUUAUAUAUUGCAAUAUUUAUCUAUUAUAUAUUUUUAUUCUUUAUCUAUUAUAAUUUAAAAUAUUUUUAUUCGUCUUCUUCUUUAGCUAUUCAAAUUCUACUGCUGAACAUGGGCGUCUCCUAUUUACACUUUUUUAUGGAAUAAGAGUGCUAAACGAGCACACAGUCCCCCUUAUGGUACGCGGAUGACAUGGCCCAUAGACAUCUCCAUCUAUCCUCGAUUAAGAAUCAAAAUGCAGAUGCGUUGUCACCCCUGAGGACUUAAAAUGUUGUUUCAAAUACAAAAAAGUUAUUAGUUAUUACACCAAAAAUGUAUGGCGAACUCAGUGACUCAGUGCAUUGACGCCGUCCCUACUAGUCAAUCGCGAAUGAAACACAAAAAUCUGAACAAGUUUAAAAAAAUAAUUUUAAUUAUAUUUAUUAUGAUAACAUUAAUAACAUACGUAUUUUUUUGAGCAUUUUCCUUGUUACAAUACGUCAUCUUUUGUGGAUUUAUCGAUAUUCUAGGUUGUUUAUAAAUUGGGCUGCUGUUAGCCCGUUCUUCUUUCUUUUUAUAUGAAAUUGAAGUAAUAAAUUUUUACAUAGAUGUCUUUUUUAUCUAUUAGUUAUAUAUGUGGUAAUUCCUCGUUUGAUUGCGUGUCGCGCUCAACCACGGGGGUCGAACAGACAAUGCCACAACAAUAUAGAACUAUAAUCCUAUGAUGGUAUGGUAUUUCACGUAGUAAUUAUAUAAAUUAAAAACGAAGAUCAUGUGCCCGCAAAACUGGCAACGGUGCAUUCCAGGUAAGGUUUCAGAAUAGGGUAAUUAAUAUGCAUAGAUUUUGAGGAGACCGUAUUAACUAUUAAAUAAUUGUUAACUGCUAACUAAAAGUUAACCCAUCAGAUAUAUUUUCUUUUUUUGUUUUUCACCUCCAUUGACAUUAACACCCUUGCUAUACUUGCAUGGAUUCAUCACACAUCGUUUUUGAGCGGGCGUCUUUGACUUUUAAUUGAAUUCAUUGUCAUGAAAGUUACUCAUAAUACUAUCGUAAUUGUUUUCUUAAUAUAAGAGAAAUUAUUGUAAUAAUUAUAGUUUCAAUCGCGUGACGAAAAAGUAUCUUAUUAAAUUAAAGUAAACGUACGGAGCAUUCACCUCCUGGCUCUGCUUUCUUUUCGAUGUUGAUAGUAACUUUAGAACUCUAUUGUAUCGCUACACAGUUGUACAUUCAUUGUUGAAUUUCUUUCGAGAAUGAUUGACGUCCCGUAAUUAAUAACUAGUAUAUUAUCAUAGAGUAAGGCCUCUGGAUUAUUGUUCCGUUACUUAAAUGCAUACGUUUUACAUAGUUUGUUUAUUAAUUAUAAAGUUACCUGCAUUAUCAUUAAUUAAGACGCGUGUACUUUUAGGGGUUUGUUUUUUAUUACAUUACCGUUUUUUAUUAGCUUAAAAAAGUCAAUUUAUAUUAUUUAUUUAUUUUUUAUUUGUUUCUGUAUUUAUUAACUUGUUAUUUAUUUCACCUUAUCAUCUAAGAGAUUACAAAGGGCGGAAUAUUGGCAUUUCUACCAGUCAACCUUGGGUGUGGUGAGAAUUAGUAGCAAGCGCAAUUUAUUAUUUGAAUUUUGAAAAUAAAAUAAUAAUAUCUAUGAUUUUAGAUACCGUAUAUGUAAUAAUAAUGUUAGAUUAUAUAAAAUAAAAAAAUACAAAUACAUACAUAAUAUGAUACAAAUGAACUAUAUAUGUAAAUAUUCUAUAUAAAUUAAAACAUUCAUAUAAAUAUCAACAACCAACGACACGACACUAUCAAUUCAAAAGGUUUACAAAUAUUUUUAAUAUAAAGUAAAUAAAAGCAACUGCUAUGUUAGCUCAGGGAUUAUUUGUUCUUAAAUUUAAACAGGCGUUUGCAUUGAUAACAUUUAAUUUCCAAUUCCAAUGUAUCACGUGCUCACCGGGGAAGGAACCUUUUUAGAUUCCUCAAAACAAAACGUCACUUGUAAUCUCCAAGGAACAAGCCGAGUUCAAAGAGCAGCGAGCUACUCAGAUCACGUUAAGCCAAAAAAUGAUGGGUUCAGAUGGACAAUUGUAAAGGAAGUGACAGGUGGCAAGCCCGUCGCCUAUACCAUCGCAUAUUCAACAUCCCAUUAUUCGUCUUUUACGACAUGCUAGGCAAGUACCACAUCUGGCACAUUCUUAUUCGUUGUAUGCCCACAUGACAUGGUAAACUCCGCAGAACUUUUUAGAAUAUAUAACAAGUUGCCUUUUGUGACAUACUUUGCAAGUACCACAGUUAGACAUUUUUGAAGUUAUACUUCUUUUGGCGCGUUUGCGAAAAUGAUGAGAGUCAAUUUUUCACGAUGCGCGCGCACACCGAAACCUAAAUAUGACUACUUCAGUUGGUCUGUCAACUGUCAAGUUUUCGUGAGAACUGGUGAGAACUGAUAACUAUAAUCAAAGUAUGAAGUUACAUUAAUAUUCAUAUAUAUAUAUUCGAAUAUAUAAAACGUGUUUUAUUUUAGUUAUUUUUGUUUUGUUACGCUAAAGAAGUAUAACUUCUUACGUGCGUACUUAAAUACCAACACACGUUUAUUUUUUAUUAAUCAUAUAGAAACAUGGGAGCUAUAAGUCCAUAACCAACAUGGAACGUUUUUCAGAACUUUUUAAAAUAUGUUAUAUAACGAAUACUUUGCGGAAGCCCAUAGCCCGCUUUGUAAUGGCAUAGCGAACUUCCCUUCGUACAUCAAAGGAAUAGAAUAAUUAGCCGGCGUCUUUCCGUCCGAUUACAAUCUGUGUGUCUUCAUGGCAAGAGUGAAUAGGCUUUUGUUAGGCUAAGACUGCGAUUUACCAUCUAAGGUUUCAUCAUCACUUACCACCAGACGGAAUUGUAGUCAAGCACAAGCCUUU